CUCUCCGGCAGUUUUGGCCAUUCUGCUUGAGGCAGUUUUAGUGUUCGGUCUUGUAGAUGUUUAAGACCAAUUGGACAAAUUCUAAGAAUAAAUAAUAUGGAUGAGGAGACAAUGGAGUUUACGAUCACUCUCAACCCAGUUAAUAGCGUAUUAGACGUGCUGGUAGUAGCCGAGGUAAUUAAUUCUGAAAAGAAAAAUAUAAUUAUAUUAUGGAACAACACUUGGAAUGACGAGUCAGAUGUUUGCUUGUAUGACAAAGAUAACAAAUUAUUGGGACAAUAUAAUAAUGAAAUUACUCGGUAUCUAGCAAGGACGAUUAAUCCCCUACUUUAUGGUGGUACCUGUCCUUAUGAAAGGACAGAAAUCGAUCACUGGAUAUCUUGUGCCCUAGUAUUGCAAAAUAAACAAAUAAACAAGGAGCUUUUAAACUAUCUGAAUGAUGUGUUAAUAGCACGGACAUGGCUGGUCACCAAAAGAUUAACAUUGGCUGAUAUUCAUGUAUUUUGUGUUUUGCAUCGUCACGAAUAUAUAAAAUCAUAUGCAAAAGAUUAUUGUAAUAUUACUAGAUGGUACAAGCAUAUGGAAUCACUUCCUGUUUUCAAUAAUGCAAUAUCUAUGGUUGCAAAAAAUUGUUCUUCCACUUCGAAACCAAAAGAUGUAAGUCCACAAAAGGAAAAAUCUGAUAUCAAGCAGAUGAAAACAAGGAAACAAGAGGGCAAAUUUAUUGAUCUUCCUGGAGCAGAAAUGGGCAAAGUAGUGGUAAGAUUUCCACCAGAAGCAAGUGGCUAUCUGCACAUUGGUCAUGCCAAAGCAGCUCUUUUAAAUCAGUAUUAUGCCGAGACUUUUCAAGGACAACUUAUCAUGAGAUUUGAUGAUACAAAUCCAGCGAAGGAGACUGUAGAAUUUGAGGAAGCUAUAUUGGAAGAUUUAAAAUUACUGCAAAUUAAACCCGACCGUUUUACGCAUACCUCGGAUUACUUUGACAUAUUACAAGAAUAUUGUACUACACUAAUUAAGGAUGGAAAGGCAUACCUGGAUUGUACUCCGGCAAAUCUUAUGAAAGAACAACGGGAUAAAAGAUUGAAAUCUGAAUAUCGAGAUCUCUCCUCUUUCGAAAAUCUGAAAUUGUGGAAAGAAAUGAAACAUGGUACCAAGAUGGGUCAAGAAUAUUGUGUCAGAGCAAAGAUUGAUUAUCAGUCAACAAACGGAUGUAUGCGCGAUCCUACAAUUUAUCGUUGCAAAUUAGAACCUCAUCCACGUACUGAAAACAAAUACAAGGUAUAUCCUACGUAUGAUUUUGCCUGUCCAAUUGUUGACGUUAUCGAGAAUGUUACUCACACUCUACGAACAACAGAGUAUCACGAUAGAGAUGCUCAAUUUUAUUGGAUAAUUGAGGCUUUGGGAUUGCGUCGCCCGUACAUUUGGGAAUAUUCACGGUUAAAUAUGACUCAUACGGUUUUAUCUAAACGAAAAUUAACUUGGUUUGUAAAUGAAGGUUUAGUCGAUGGCUGGGACGAUCCACGCUUUCCGACAGUGAGAGGCAUUCUAAGACGAGGAAUGACAGUCGAAGGUCUGAAACAAUUCAUUAUCGCACAAGGUAGUUCCAAAUCUGUAGUCUUUAUGGAAUGGGACAAAAUAUGGGCUUUUAAUAAGAAAGUCAUUGAUCCAGUUGCAAUUAGGUAUACUGCACUGGAGUAUAAUGAACUGAUACCGGUUAAUGUAAUAGAUGCUAAGGAAGAGUGGUUGAGUGUGCAAAAUCAUCCUAAAGAUUCAUAUAAAGGUACCAAACAAGUGCGAGUAGGCUCGAAAAUUUUGAUAGAAAAGGAAGAUGCUGAAAGAUUAAUUGAAGGACAGAAUGCUACCUUUAUUAAUUGGGGUAACAUAAUGAUACAAAAGAUAAAUAAAUGUGAUGGCAAUAUAGUAGAUGUGCAAGCACGAUUGAAUCUAGAGGACAAAAAUUAUAAAAAUACUUUGAAGCUCACGUGGCUGGCUGAAUCAUUACCUACAUCUGAUUCAAAUGCAGAAAAGUCAAAUCCAAUAAAAUGUUACGCUGUUUAUUUUGAUCACAUUAUGAGCGUACCGGUUUUGGGCAAAGACGACGAUUUUAAAAAUUUUGUUGCCAAAAAUACAAGAAAAGAAAUUCGAAUGCUGGGUGAAGUAGAAUUGAAACGCGUGAAGAAGGGAGAGAUAAUUCAACUUCAGAGGAAGGGAUUCUUUAUUUGUGAUAUUCCGUAUGCAUCUAGUUCUUAUUCAACACGGGAACCACCUAUUGUAUUGUUUCAUAUACCUGAUGGGCAUACGACAACACUUUAUACGACGCCUGCGGUAUCUAAUAAUCAACAGGAAAGUAAAGUGCAACAUGAGGAAACUCUAGAUAUAAUAUACAGAAACCCUUUAGAAAAAAUAGAAGAAGCAAUAAUUAAAUAUGAUAAAACCAAAAUAUUAAAUCCUUCUUGGAAGGACAAGAUUCAAAAGUUUAUGAAAGAAUUAGGACUAAUGAUACCUUAUGAUGCAGUUAAUGGAACGCUUAGAAUUUCAACAGAUUCAAUGUUGUAUCCAUUAUAUUUAAAAGAGAAAAAUGAAGAAUAUGUAGACGAAGCAUACACUGAUAUAGAAGAUUAUUUUCAGAGAUUAAUGGAUAUGCAUUUUUAUAGAAUGUUAUUGCUAUUGUCGGUUUACAAUUUGGUAUUUACAGAUCCAGACACCGACGAUCCAUUGGUAUGCAUGUCUGUAGCCAUAAAGGCACAAUUCGAUAAAGUACAAUUUUUAAAGAAUUUAAAAGCUAAUAAGAGCAAAAUCGUUCAAGAAGAGAAAAUACUCUCGGACUUGAAAAAAAAUUAUAAGAUAAUGAUGAAUGGUCAGGAUUGGAAACCUGAGCUUUCUGAACCUAAUGGUCCUGAAAACAAUGUAUAUUCAGAUCAAAAGGUAGACCCAGAAAUACAAGAAAUAUUUGAAAGAUAUAAGAAACAAGGUCAUACAAAAGAAUAUAUUUUGUAUAUGGUGGAUAUUCAAAAAAGCAUAUAUGAAUAUCUUAGAAUAGCGAAGGAAAGUAUGUUUAAUAAAAGGUGUUGGAUAGAUGGACCAACUGGACCAACAGAAGAUUUUGAAGCUUAUCUUAAAACAAGAACGCAGCUACUAUUCGAAAAAAUAAAAAAGCAGAGUGACGAAGUACGAGAGCUAAAAAGUUCGAAAAUCGACAAGAGCAGUAUUGAGCAAGAAGUAAAGGUUCUCUUGAUAUUAAAAAGUGACUAUAAAAUUGUGACUGGUAAAGAUUGGAAACCAGAUGAUAGUAAAGUUGUUAGUAUUGAAAGCAAAAUAAAGCCAGGAAAUCAAGAAAUUUCGGAAGCGGAGAAAAUAUCCGAAGAAAUAAAGAAGCAAGGCGACAAAGUACGAAAUUUAAAAAGCUCGAAAGCUGACAAGAGUAUUAUUGAUCAAGAAGUGAAAGUUCUCUUAAGCUUGAAAAGUGACUAUAAAAGUGCGACUGGUCAGGAUUGGAAACCAGCUGAUACUAAAGUUGCUAGUACUGAAAGCAAGAUAAAGCCAAAAAAUCAAGAUAUUUCAGAAGCGGAGAAAAUAUCCGAAGAAAUAAAGAAGCAGGGUGACAAAGUACGAAAUUUAAAAAGCUCGAAAGCUGACAAGAGUAUUAUUGAUCAAGAAGUGAAAAUUCUCUUAAGCUUGAAAAGUGUCUAUAAAAAUGCGACUGGUCAAGAUUGGAAACCAGCUGAUAUUAAAGUUACUGAAAGCAAGGUAAAGCCAGAAAAUCAAGAAAUUUCAAAAGCAGAGAAGAUAUCCGAAGAAAUAAAAAAACAGGGUGACAAGGUACGAAAUCUAAAAAGCUCGAAAGCUGACAAGAGUAUUAUUGAUCAAGAAGUGAAAAUUCUCUUAAGCUUGAAAAGUGUCUAUAAAAAUGCGACUGGUCAAGAUUGGAAACCAGCUGAUAUUAAAGUUACUGAAAGCAAGGUAAAGCCAGAAAAUCAAGAAAUUUCAAAAGCAGAGAAGAUAUCCGAAGAAAUAAAAAAACAGGGUGACAAGGUACGAAAUCUAAAAAGCUCGAAAGCUGAAAAGAGCAUUAUUGAUCAAGAAGUGAAGGUUUUUUUAAGUUUGAAAAGUGACUAUAAAAGUCUGACUGGUCAAGAUUGGAAGCCUGUGAACUCGGUAUCAAAAAAAGAAAAGCAUAUUUCUAAGCCUGAAAACAUAUCGGAGAAAGAAGUUGCAAAAAACGCAAAUAAUAAUAAAGAUUCUGAUUCAAGCAAAACAGGAACAAGAUUAGGAUUGGAAGCGAAGAAAGAGGAGAACUUUACUGAUUGGUACUCGCAAGUUAUUACAAAAAGCGGAAUGAUUGAAUAUUAUGACGUGUCAGGAUGUUAUAUUCUUCGUCCAUGGAGUUUCUCGAUUUGGAAGAUAAUAAAAGAGUUUAUCGACAAAGAGAUAACGGACAUUGGUGUUCAAGAAUGCUACUUCCCGAUCUUCGUUACUCGCAGCGUAUUAGAAAAGGAAAAGGCGCACAUAGCAGAUUUUGCACCGGAAGUCGCGUGGGUGACGAAAUAUGGUGAAACUGAUUUGGCGGAGCCCAUAGCUAUACGUCCAACUUCAGAGACUAUUAUGUAUCCAGCUUAUGCCAAAUGGCUGAGGUCAGACACCGAGUUACCACUUAGACUCAAUCAGUGGAACAACGUUGUGAGAUGGGAAUUUAAAGAUCCCAAACCUUUCUUACGCACCAGAGAAUUUUUAUGGCAGGAGGGCCAUACCGCGUUUGCUACUAAGGCAGAAGCAGAGGCGGAAGUAUUAAUGAUUUUAGACUUAUAUGCUAGAGUAUACGAGGAUUUGUUAGCGGUACCCGUCAUCAAAGGCCGCAAGACUGAAAAGGAGAAAUUCGCGGGUGGUGAAUAUACUACUACCGUCGAAGCGUUUAUUCCAAUUAAUGGUCGCGCAAUACAGGGAAAAAUAUCCGAAGAAAUAAAGAAGCAAGGCGACAAAGUACGAAAUUUAAAAAGCUCGAAAGCUGACAAGAGCAUUAUUGAUCAAGAAGUGAAAGUUCUCUUAAGCUUGAAAAGUGACUAUAAAAAUGCGACUGGUCAGGAUUGGAAACCAGCUGAUACUAAAGUUGCUAGUACUGAAAGCAAGAUAAAGCCAAAAAAUCAAGAUAUUUCAGAAGCGGAGAAAAUAUCCGAAGAAAUAAAGAAGCAGGGUGACAAAGUACGAAAUUUAAAAAGCUCGAAAGCUGACAAGAGUAUUAUUGAUCAAGAAGUGAAAAUUCUCUUAAGCUUGAAAAGUGUCUAUAAAAAUGCGACUGGUCAAGAUUGGAAACCAGCUGAUAUUAAAGUUACUGAAAGCAAGGUAAAGCCAGAAAAUCAAGAAAUUUCAAAAGCAGAGAAGAUAUCCGAAGAAAUAAAAAAACAGGGUGACAAGGUACGAAAUCUAAAAAGCUCGAAAGCUGAAAAGAGCAUUAUUGAUCAAGAAGUGAAGGUUCUCUUAAGUUUGAAAAGUGAUUAUAAAAAUACGACUGGUCAAGAUUGGAAACCAGUUGAUAUUAAAGUUACUGAAAGCAAGGUAAAGCCAGAAAAUCAAGAAAUUUCAAAAGCAGAGAAGAUAUCCGAAGAAAUAAAAAAACAGGGUGACAAGGUACGAAAUCUAAAAAGCUCGAAAGCUGAAAAGAGCAUUAUUGAUCAAGAAGUGAAGGUUUUUUUAAGUUUGAAAAGUGACUAUAAAAGUCUGACUGGUCAAGAUUGGAAGCCUGUGAACUCGGUAUCAAAAAAAGAAAAGCAUAUUUCUAAGCCUGAAAACAUAUCGGAGAAAGAAGUUGCAAAAAACGCAAAUAAUAAUAAAGAUUCUGAUUCAAGCAAAACAGGAACAAGAUUAGGAUUGGAAGCGAAGAAAGAGGAGAACUUUACUGAUUGGUACUCGCAAGUUAUUACAAAAAGCGGAAUGAUUGAAUAUUAUGACGUGUCAGGAUGUUAUAUUCUUCGUCCAUGGAGUUUCUCGAUUUGGAAGAUAAUAAAAGAGUUUAUCGACAAAGAGAUAACGGACAUUGGUGUUCAAGAAUGCUACUUCCCGAUCUUCGUUACUCGCAGCGUAUUAGAAAAGGAAAAGGCGCACAUAGCAGAUUUUGCACCGGAAGUCGCGUGGGUGACGAAAUAUGGUGAAACUGAUUUGGCGGAGCCCAUAGCUAUACGUCCAACUUCAGAGACUAUUAUGUAUCCAGCUUAUGCCAAAUGGCUGAGGUCAGACACCGAGUUACCACUUAGACUCAAUCAGUGGAACAACGUUGUGAGAUGGGAAUUUAAAGAUCCCAAACCUUUCUUACGCACCAGAGAAUUUUUAUGGCAGGAGGGCCAUACCGCGUUUGCUACUAAGGCAGAAGCAGAGGCGGAAGUAUUAAUGAUUUUAGACUUAUAUGCUAGAGUAUACGAGGAUUUGUUAGCGGUACCCGUCAUCAAAGGCCGCAAGACUGAAAAGGAGAAAUUCGCGGGUGGUGAAUAUACUACUACCGUCGAAGCGUUUAUUCCAAUUAAUGGUCGCGCAAUACAGGGAGCGACAAGCCAUUAUUUAGGACAAAACUUUUCGAAGAUGUUUAAUAUCCAAGUAGAAGGUAUCGCAGGCCGAGAAGAAAAGACAUUUGUCUAUCAAAAUUCAUGGGGUUUAACUACACGAACGAUUGGAGUCAUGAUAAUGGUACAUGGAGAUGAUCGAGGUUUAGUAUUGCCUCCAAAUGUAGCACCUAUACAAAUCAUUGUGAUUCCCUGCGGUAUAGCCGUGAACAUGGAUGAACAUACAAAAGAGAGUAUUCUAAAGAAAUGCGAUUGGCUGGUUCGUCAUUUGGGUCAAGAGGGUAAAUUUAGAGUGAAAAGUGAUUGUAGACUUAAUCGAACACCUGGAUGGAAAUUCAAUCACUGGGAGCUGAAAGGCGUGCCAAUAAGGCUUGAAGUGGGUCCAAAGGAUUUGUUAAAAAAUCAAGUAACAGUCGUACGAAGGGAUAACUUCCAGCGAACAGCUAUUGAAAUAUACAACGAUAACAUAAUUACUCCAUUAACUUCAAUAUUGAAUGAUGUACAAAAGCAAUUAUUAUCAAGAGCGAAAAGCAAGUUAAACGAGCAUGUUAAAAAAGUAGAAAAGUGGAGUGAUUUUAACCCCGAGCUUAAUAAAAAAAAUUUAUUGUUGGUACCUUUUUGUGGAGAUCCGGCAUGUGAAGAUAAGAUUAAAGAAGAUAGUAAGGAAGAUAGAAGUGAAAGCGCAGAAAGUGGAUCAUUAAUGGGCGCCAAGAGUCUGUGUAUACCAUUUGAUCAGCCAGAAAUGACAAGACCACUCAAUGAACUAAAAUGUAUUCACCAUAGUUGCAAAAAUAAGCCGAAAUUUUAUACACUUUUCGGACGUAGUUAUUAAUGCAGCCACAUAAAAGUAAGGUUCAUGUAUAACAUUUAAUAAAUUUUUCUGUAAUUUUUUAUAUGCAA